UGGAAAGGAAGGGCAGGGAGAAGAGCAGUACUUUGCAACUGGCUCUUGUUUUGGCUGGAAAUGUCUUCAAAAGGAAAGAGAAAGAGCUCCACUUCAAUUAAGGAAGGAAGGAAGAAGCAAAGGAAAACCAUCAAUCUUGAUUUGAAAAUGAAGAUCAUCAAAGCGCACGACGAGGGGAAGAAGGUGAACAUUAUAGCACAAGAAGAAGGGCUGGCCCAUUCCACCAUCUCCACUAUUCUGAAGGAUAAGGAAAGGAUCAAAAAAGCGAUUAAAGGAGCAUCAGGAACAGAUGCCAUUAUAACAAGACAUCGAACAGGCCUCAUCCACGAAACAGAAAAACUACUACUACUUUGGAUUGAAGAUCAAAUCCAAAAGAGGAUUCCGAUUAGCCUUUCUCUCAUUCAGGCAAAGGCACGCAGCAUUUUCACAACACUGAAAGAAAGAGCAGGUCAGGAGUGCACCGAAGUCUUCACUGCCAGCCGUGGCUGGUUUAUGCGGUUUCAGCGAAGAUUUAAUUACCACAGCACACGCAAGUCACGUAAAGGUACAAGUGUUGAUGAAGCUGCCAAACGUUUUCUGGAUGAACUAGAUGAUAUUAUUGCAAAGGAGAGCUAUUUGCCUGAACAGAUAUUCAAUGUGGAGGAAACCUGGUUAUUCUGGAAAAAAAUGCCAGAGCAGACCUAUAUCCACAAAGAGGCCAAAGCAAUGCCUGGAUAUAAAACAUUUAAGGAGAGAGUAAUCUUGCUAUUGGGUGGAAAUGUCUCCGGAUUCAAGCUGAAGCCAUUUCUGGUCCACAAAUCGGGGAACCAUCGCGCAUUCAAAAACAUAUGCAAGCGCACACUGCCCAUUUAUUACCGAUCCAACCAGAAGGCUUGGAUGACACAAGUCCUCUUUGAGGAUUGGUGUAUGAAUUGUUUUAUACCUCAAGUAAAGGAAUAUUGCUUGCAAAAAAAGAUUCCUUUUAAAAUUCUCCUGCUCCUUGACAACAGACCUGGACAUCCUCCACAUCUUCAUAAUAUCUAUCCAGAUGUAAAAGUGGUUUAUCUACCCAAAAACACCACGCCUCUCUUACAGCCUAUGGACCAGGGAGCUAUCACAAUAUUUAAAGCAUACUAUUUACGUGCAAUGUUUGCCAAAGCCGUCAAUGCAAUGGAGGAGGAGAAGAGGGUGACGUUGCGUGAGUUUUGGAAAAACUAUAAUAUCCUCCAUUGUAUCAGAAACAUUGAAGCAGCGUGGCAGGAUGUCACUGUAAAAUGCAUGCAAGGGAUUUGGAAAAAGUGUUUAAAAUGUUACCCUGUUCUGGUAAAUAAUUUUCAAGGAUUUGACCAUAACAAAGAUUUGGAUGAAAUAAAUAAGGAAAUUUUGACACUUGUGAAAUCCCUUGAUUUAGAAGUCAAUGCUGAAGAUGUGAAAAGUUUGAUAACCUACACUGAGGGAGAACUUUCAAAUGAGGAUUUAAUCGAACUGAAAGAAGAAUUGGAAGCACGAAGGGUCAAGGAAGAAGAGGAGGAGGAGGAAGAAGAGGAGGAGGAGGAGGAGGAAGAAGAAGAAGAAGAGGAAGAGGAGGAGGAGGAGGAACCAGAAGAAGAACCAGAAGAGGAACCGGAGGAGGAACCAGAAGAGGAGGAGGAACCACAGGGGGAGAAACCAAAAGAGGAGGAAGAAGAAGAGGAGGAGGAACCAGAAGAACAACCAGAGGAGGAGAAGGAAAAAAAUGUAGAAAUUCAGCCCAAAAAGUUCAAUGUGAAAGCAUUAGCUGGUGUUUUCUUGGGCAUUAACCAAAGUUUAUCAAAAUUACAAAGUAUGGAUCCAAAUGUAGAACGUUUUGGAAAGGUGUAUCAUGAUAUGCAUAAAAUCUUAAAGUGUUAUCAUGAAAUAUAUGAAGAAAAAAAGAAAAAAACUUGUGCAAACCAAAAUUCGUGAGUUCUUUAAGAAAGUUACUCCUUCCAUGGCUAUAAUUCCUUCCUCUUCCCCCUCCUCAUUUAGAGGAAUAGAAGAUUGAGACAAUCCUCAGCUAGCUAUCCCAAUAUAUCCAACUUUUCUAAAAACACAAGAAAAUACUAAUUUUGAAUGACUGAUAGUAAUGCUUACUAUACCGUAAUCGUAAAGUCUGGUUUUUUUUACUAAUUUCGUUAAAAAUGUUCAGUUCUUGAAAGAUAAAAGAAAUUGACUUUGGAAGUUCAAAGUAUAAUACAUUGCAGGCAUAUGAUUAUUCACUUAGUCACUGCUUUACUUCACUUAACUGAAGGGGAAGUACUGCAUAAUCAUACCAGUCACAGUCACGUAAUUUUCUACUUGGUGACCAAAUUGACAGUCCUAAUUUUCCUAAUUGUAGUCACUAAAGGAGGACUAAAAUUUUAAAAUUUCAAUUUUAAAUAAAAUAAACUAUAUAAAGGACUAAAAUGCAAGUUUCUUGUUAAGAUUUUAUUUAAACUAAGAAAAUGGCUUUAUAAGUGAAUGAUAAUUAUUAAGAUCCAAGAAUUUAGGCAGAAGAUUGAAGGAUUUGGAGGCUUCUGUAUAAAAUGCACAACAGUUUUGUUUUUGCAGCAAUGUCUUAAAAUCAUGUUAAAUCCAAAAUUAGUGGUUAUCACUAAUAUCAGCUGCAAAGCAUUUUCGCACUUGUGGCCCAUGACUUGGAAAGGUGGCUAAAUCUAUUGAAUGAGGACCUGUUUUUGCCACAAUCUUUUCCUCCACAUUUAAGGAAAGCAAUUAGUAUUUUUUCCACUCACUGAUCAUGCUUAAUGAGCAGAAAUGAAGUCAGAAGAACCCACCAAUCAUUUUCCUUUUAUUCCUUACAUUAAAAUCAGAACAGCACCAAUGUUACUCUUGUUCCUGUUGCAGUACCUGAUAAAACCAACUGAAUUUGUACUAGCUUGGUUUUCUUCUCUCUCAAGAAAGGGCAGACACACAUUAACAUGGUUGUGAGGAAAAAAAAUAUUUUGGAGUAAAACGCAUAGGAUUUCUUGUAACUGUCAUAUUGUUGUGUUGUCUUUUUUUUUUUUUUUAAGAUUCUCAGAUUUUAAUGUGUUGUAUACAGUCUUGGAAGAAGACGUAAAAAAAUAAGCUGAAAAACUGUAGCCGAACUUUUCAUUAUGUUGCACUUAUAUUGUGCUCGACAAGGAGUGAACGUAACAAAUAUUAGAAAAUCCUAUAAUAUGACACAUUAGUUGAUGUCGUUAAAUCAUACAGAAAUCCUUUCACAAAAGCUAAAUUAGAAAAUACUUAUCAUGCAAAUACAUGCAGCCAUUUCUCCAGAUGGAGCUGCUCCCAGUAUUGCUAUUUUUCCAUUCUAGGAAGAUCUAGAAUAGUUUACUAAAAUUUCAUUAUAUACAUAUGUGGCCAAAAGUAUUGAUACCCUCUGCUUUUUUCUUAAGAGUCACCAGUUUCCAUGAAAUAAGUUGAAACUGAUACAAGGAAAUGGCAUCUGCUAUUCUGUAGUCCACUGUCCCAAAGGCAGAUGCUUCGAUUUUGA